AUGGACAUCUUCGUGCGCAACAUCCCUGCGGAGGCUACAGCCAAGCAAGUCAAGGCAUACUUCCGCCAGCCAUUCCUCGAAUGCAACAUCAACGAUGAAUACCAUGUGGAAAAGAUGCGCGAUAAGCCGUUUGCUGUCAUCACGGUUCUCCAUCCUCACAAAGCACAACAAUUCUUGAACACGUACGGGCUCCCGCCAAACGCACCACGCCACGUCUUCCCCUUGAGACAGCUGCGAUGGAACAACAGGACCAUUCUCUGCUGCAUCAGCAAGUCGGCGUCCACCCCGUUGUCCGUCCAGACUUUGGCCCACGAGGCAGCUCAGCGAGCGCAACGACCGAAUGGCACGAUCGUCCCUCCUCCGGCGGCCGACCAGAACUCCAGAAUCACCCGCUUCGGCAUCAAAGCGGUCAGCUGCGGUGUUUGGGAGUACCACGGCUCACAGCUCAUCUUCACUCAACACUGGUCAGAGGCACGCCAGGGCACCAUCUCGCUCGGUCUCAAGGGCGCCGCCAUACUCCUGGGUGGCUCGAACUCGAAGCAAUGCCGCAUUGACUUAGAGUACUACGGCUGUAAGAACAUUGUGGUCUCGGGAAACUACAACGACCCCGCCAUCUCCUUCACACUCGGAUACCCACCCAAGUUCUAUGAGGUGAUACCUAAGGACUCCAACGGAAAUGAUGACGAUGUUCUGGCAAGCGCAUUAAUGUCGCUGAUACUGAGUUCUACAACUCGUUCCAUUAACAAAAACUCAGUCAAAAAGGCAAGGCUCCCAAGCAUCAACAGCGAGCAUGCAAAAGUCGCUGGAACAUGCUUUGUCUAUCGCAUCACACUGGCUGAGUGGGCUACGCUCGCUCCCGUUCGUGCAGUGUUGGAUCGAGUUGCAAAAGCAUCGUCGUGUAUCACGAUGACGACGGCGACCAUGCUGCCUCCUGAGUCGUUGCAUAACAGCUUCGUCCGCCUAAACCGCGAUCUCACCGAUGCUGACCGCUACGGCCUGUACCUGUUCACAUUGCGCUACCACAUCGACAGACUGGCUCGCAAUGGUGUCCUGUCGCCUCUCAAGGUCAAGCAAUUACUCCCGAAGAUCGCAAGAAUCCAUCACAGCCAUGGCCUCGACGCAGCAUUGUCUGCUCUCUCGCGCUUCUUUCGUGCCAUACCAUACGCUGGGCCGGGGGUUGACAGCCAUGAGUUGUCUCUCACCACUCUCGAGACCAUGCUGGAAGACCUGGCAUCGAACUACGACCACUACAAGCACAACCCGGAAAACGCCUGCGACAUACCUCGAUGGGGUGGAGCCAGAGCCGACGAACAGAGUCUUGCGCCGCUACCGAACCACAGUGACCACUUCAUCCGCGUGGCCUUCCAGGAUGAGGAUGAUGGAGGGGUGCGUUACGAUCCGCGAGCUUCACAAGAUCUGAUCUUCCACAAGCGCUUCAAGGAAGUGUUGGACAAGGCCAUCCUGAUUGCCGGGCAGGGAUACUCAUUCCUUGGGUUCUCCCACUCCUCUCUCCGUGCUCAGUCUUGCUGGUUCAUGGCACCGAUGUACAUCGACGAUACUCUGCGGCUGCCUGAGCAUAUCCUCAAAGAGCUCGGUGACUUCGAGGUCAUCAGGACACCGGCAAAGUGCGCAGCUCGAAUCGGGCAGAAUUCCACCGAUACCAACGCCACCAUCGACAUUCAUCGCAAUAGCGUCUACGACUUGCCAUUGGUGACGAAGAAUGGCUAUGAUUUCGGCGACGGCGUGGGCACGAUCUCAAAAGACCUGCUACGUCGGGUUUGGAGGGUGUACGGCACCAGGCGUGCGAUCAAGCCUACAGCUCUGCAGAUUCGGUUCCAGGGCUGCAAAGGAAUGGUUAGCUUGGACAGCACCCUUUCGGGACAGAAGCUCAUGCUACGCUCAAACAUGAGAAAGUUCGAGACGUCUUCUACCGAAAAGUGGAACCUUGAGAUCUGUGGCGCUGGCUUCAAACCACUUCCUCUCAUUCUCAAUCGCCAGCUCAUCAAGAUCCUUGAGGACCUUGGCGUCCCGGCGUCUGCCUUACACGAUGUGCAGAAGCAAGCCACGGACAAGUUGCGCCACGUGACGACUGGCAAUGCUGUCAAUGCUGCCAACUUCCUCGAAGAGCAGGACAGCCCCAAGUCGACUCGCAUCCCUACGCUCAUCCGCCUGCUCAACCAGAUCGGCCUUAACUACCGACAGGACAGCUUCUUGUAUCGAGUGGUGGAGAUGAGUAUCGUUACCACGCUGCGGGACAUCAAGUAUCGCGGCAGGAUUCCGGUUUUUCCUGGCCACACGCUCUACGGCAUCAUGGACGAGACUGGCUACCUCCGAGAGGGAGAGGUGUUCGUGAUCACCGAGAGCUCUCCAGACGGCGGGAGGCGAGUGUUGGUUCAGAAUAGGAUCGCAGUCACCCGCACCCCAGCCCUCCAUCCAGGAGACAUCCAGCUCGUCAAUGCUGUCGACGUACCCGCGAACUCUCCGCUGAAAGAGCUUUCGAACGUCAUCGUCUUCAGCCAACAUGGCGAGCGGGACCUACCUUCUCAGCUUUCGGGUGGAGAUCUUGACGGCGAUCAGUUCCACAUCAUCUGCCAUCCUCCUUUGAUCCCGCCCACCACAUUUAAGGCUGCCGAAUACCCUCGUUUGUCGGCGGUGGAGCUGGACCGUCCGGUGACACGCAAGGACGAAUGA